AUGGUGUGCAGGAAGAUGGCCGGCGGAGGCAGCAGAGGUGGGGCAGGGGCCCGAGGCGUCCUUGGUGGCGGUGAAGGGCCCCGGGGUGGCCUGGGUGGCAGUUCGGGGACCGGACUGGAGCAGCGCAGCGGGCAGGGCACAACAGUACAGUGUGGGUCACACCAGUACCGCCUCGGUCUCUAUGGCUGGCGAAGACGCUGCCUAUACACCCUCGUUCUGCUCCUGUUGGUGAUGGUCAUUCUCAACCUCGCCCUAACCCUCUUCAUCCUCAGGGUCCUUGACUUUACAAUGGAAGGUAUGGGUGGGCUACAGAUGGUGAAAGGCGGAAUGAUCGCCAGCGGGGAGGUGCACGUGAUGGACCAGCUGGUGGCAGCCCGCAUCCUCUCCCGCCCAAACACUCCGAUGCGUAUACUCGCCGCCAACAACUUCUCCAUCGCCGCCACCGAUGCUGACGGCAGGAUCACCAACAGCGUCUUCAUGAUUUCCGACUUGAUUCUACAGCAUUUGUAA